AAUGGAAUGGUCUAAUGAAUUGACAUUAGAGUUCUUAAAAUUCUACGAAAUUGAAAACAUUAUUUGGAAUCCAAAGAAUCCAAAUCACAAAAAUAGAAAUAAAGUUGCAGAUGCGUGGAACAACAUUAAGGCAUCAUUGAGAGUCGAUUGUUCUGUGGCGGAAUUGAAGAAAAAAAAAGAAUCUUUAAUGGCAACAUUCCGCCCAUUAUUGAAAAAGGUGAGAAGUAGUUACAAGUCGGGUGCUGGAACAGGUGAAUUAUACAAGCCUAAUUGGUUUGCAUAUGAAGCAAUGGCUAAUUUUCUACAGCCUGUUAACUUACCAAGAGAAACAAUAAACACAUCGAUUGAUGAAGAAACGUCAAACAACGACGCAGACGAAGAUAUCGAUGUACUAUUAACGGCUCCAUCUCAGUCCCCUAAUACGACACCUAAAACGAAACGAUUGAAAACAACGCCUAUGUCUACGGAUGCAAUAGAAACCCAUUUAUUAGAAGCCGUUAAUGUAAUGAAACACGUUUCCAAUAAGCAGGAGAAGGAUGGUUGUUCUCUUUAUGGUGAGCUCCUUGCGUCGAAACUGAGAGGAUUAGAUGAAUACAAUAGAAUUAUUCUAAUGAAUAAAAUAGAUAAUUUAGUUUUUGAAACAACCAUGAGUAUCAAUCCAGAUCGUGUAUUCAAUUCUCCAACUCCGUCUCAAUUAUCUAUUUGUUCUUCAAACUCAAGCAGCUCAAAUACUCGUCAUCAGGAAUAUCAGUUGAACGAACAAGUACAGCAUUCACAAUAUCCACAAUUUACAACUCAGCCCAUUCCCUCUCAACAAUUAGCUCACAACUCUCACCCGUCUAUUCCUAUUCAGUCACAAACUUACCCUCCUCAACAGUCAUCUUUAAUUCACUCACCGAAUUACGAUGUUCAGCCAUCCCUCGCAUCCUAGCCUACUGAAGUCGA